GUCAUGGGCUUGUAUUGUUGUGCGGUUCUAAUUGUUUAAUUUUUGUGUGUUUAAACCAUAUUCUUGUGUUUUUGUAGUGACCAGCACGUUAUAAAAUUUUGAAAUCAUGGCGUCUCAAGAAUUUGUACAAAAGCUAAGGGAAGAACGGCUUGCUAAAGAAAAGGCUAGAAUUCAAAAGCUUCGAGAACUGAACCUCAAAAAAUAUGGACACACCGAGCCAACAACGUCAACUGCAACUAAUCAUUCCACCACACUCCCUCUUAAAUCUAAAUCUACCACUUCCACUCUUGUAAGGAAUAAUUCCAGCUGUAAUCCUAUAAAAAAUCAAAAUAAAACACAAACAAACCCAAUAUCUUCCAAUCAUACAGUAAAAAAGGCAUUAACAGUUCAAGACUUUAAAGUUGUUAAAAAUAAUUUACCACAACAGAAUACUGUUCCAACACAAUAUAAUGGCAUGAUUAAAAAACCAAAUAAUAUACACACUAAAGAUUCAGCAAAUAAGCCAAAUAAUAACUUGGCUAAGCCAAAACCAUCGUGGAACAGCCGUUUAGGUGAAAUGAAGAACAAUAGAACUACCAAAAACCUUGCAAAUACUUCUAAACUACAGAAAAGUAUGUCUGUACCAGCAAGAUCUGCUAAAACUAACGAGUCUAGACAAAGUUUGAUUCCUAGAACUACAACUGUUCAGAAUAAUCGUGAAUCUGUGUUUGAACGAUUGUAUAAGCCAAAGAUAGUUCAGAAACCAACAUUUGACGAUGUUCAGAAACUCCGACACGAUCCGAACUUCUUAAAGAAAGUUAUAAGCGCGUCGAAUUUAAUCACAAAUAGACGACAUACCACAUUUGAACCGAGAUCAACUAAAGAGCCAAUCAGGCGGUCAAUUUCUGCAGUUCACUUGAAAAAGAUAAGCAAAUCCGAAAUAAAGAAUUGUAUUCACAAAUGGGCGUCCAUCGGAGAGAAAAUAGACAAAGCAAGCUUGAAAGAUAUCAAUGAAGAUGAGCACACCAAUGAAGAAAAAGUUGUAUCGGCUGUUAAAAGUGAACGUAAAAAGGUCAAAUUUCAAACACCGCUAAACAAUCCAGAGGAGAUGCUAUCGAAACUGAACAAAUGGUUACGUCUCCGCGGCAAAACUAUCGACUCCUACCCCCAUUUGAAAUGUUUCGGCAUCGCUCACAAUGAAAUAGAAAUACCCAAAUUCGAUUACGACGAUGAGAACAAAGAAAACAUAGCACUAGAACACGAUAGUGAUAAUGAAUCUUUCACCGAACUGAAUUGUAAGGAAGUAAGCGAUAUGGAUAAGUGGAGGAGCCCCAGUUGUGUGGAUAGUGUGGACUUCAACGAGAGCUAUCAAACAACUAUGACGUCGGAGAUAUCGCCGCGUGAAGACGAAUUGUUGCUAGGUGCUUUGAAUCAUUUGACGGAACUGUUGAAGCUUGGCUACAACUGGGAGGACUGCGCACGUUGGCUACGCAUAAUCCGCGAUAGAGAUCACAGGGCACAAGAAACAGCCGCGUACUGGGAGUGCCGAGCCCUACUCGAGGAGAGACGAGGAGAUUUGCCAGCGUCCAUGCAGUGUUGGGAGCAGGCUGUUUGUAAGGGAGCGGAGAGUUCUGUAGCCGAAGCUAAUUUGGACCAACUGCUAGACAAGUUCAUGCAACUGAAGAUAAAUCCCAGUUCAGGCAAGAAAAAUGUGGAUGCGAAAUUGGUGGAUGCCAAAAAUGUAUUCAAGAGCACGCUGAUACGGUUCGCGAUACAGGAGGCGAAGAACAAUAUGCCCAACUUACCAAAAGUGACGGUUACUCCAGUCCGCAGAAGCACACGACUGAGUUGUUAUCAAAAACAUACGCCACUAAAACUAUUCAAUACUAUACAACAAGCUAUAGAAUCAGAACAUGCGGAAUUUAGACCGAAUAGGGCUAUGGCUGGAACACCUUAAAACAAUAAAUAUAUAUGUCGCAGUCAUCUGACUAAAUAUGCUAU